AUGAGUACUGUAUAUGACCGCUUAUUAGUUGAAAUAGGAAAUGAAGAUACAUUUCAAAAGCGUUUUGAUUUAGUUCAUAAUACAGCUUUCAUGUUUUUUUGGAAUAUGGUCUUUACCAAUAUUAUGCUGGCACUUACAAUUGUACCUCAUAUGUGUGAGCUACCAGAAAAACCUGCAAAUAUAAGUCAACAGGAUUGGAAAUUAUUGUAUAUACCCAGUUAUAGAGACGAUAGUGGAAGACAAACAUUUGAUGAAUGUCGAAUACAUACAGACCCUUAUGAAAGUAAUUUUACAAAAGCAUGUGAUAAAUUUAUCUAUGAUAAAACUUGGUACGAAUGGACAGUUUCAUCAGAAUUUAACUGGAUUUGCGACAAAGAAUUAAAUAUCGUAAAUAUAUUAGCAUAUAGCAAACUCGGAGAGAUAAUAGGAGCUUUUUGUUUCGGAUGGUUUGGUGAUGUAUACGGGCGUCGCCUAACAUAUUUUAUAUCAAUAUUAAUGAUCAUAGUUGGCAGAUUAAUUUCAUUAUUAGCUGGAAACUCGUAUAUAAUUUUCCUUAUUGGGUGUCUUAUUGCAAAUUUACCAUCGUGGUCCGCUCCACAAACCGGUACAAUCAUAUCAACAGAAAUAUCCUCCCCAAGACGACGUACAGUGAUGACUGGUUUAAGAUUUACCUCAAGUAGUUUAUCACUUGUUGUGUCAGCAUUAACUUUUUGGUAUACCAUUGAAUCUCCUCGUUGGUUAUAUACAAGGGGGCGUCAUGAGGAAGCUGCGCGUAUACUAAAAAAAAUUGCGAAGGUUAAUAAAAAACAAAUCGACGAUAAGACUGAAAAAGAACUUAUGAGUACUGUGUUAGGUGAAAAAAAGGAUGGGAACCCAUUUCUUGAUUUUGCUUGGCAGGCAAUAGCAGAUAUACCUGCUAUUUUUCUAGGCGGUUGGCUUGCGGAUAAAAUUGGCCGUCGAUACUCUGGUGUUUCAAGUUUAGGUGUAUUGGGCCUUAUGUGGGCAUGUAUUGCUUUCAGAGAAAAUAGCGUAGAUGGCUGGAUUCGACAAUGGUGGAUUGGUAGUAUAUUUACUACUAUUGCCAGAGUAGCAACAAGUGUAGGAUUCGUUAUAAUUAAUAUAUUUAACAUAGAACUACACCCAACUUGUCUUCGACAGUCUGGAUUGGCCCUUGGGAACAGCGUAUCUGGAAUAAGUGCUGCUUCUACUCCAUAUAUUUUAUAUUUGGGACGGAGAGUAGAUUCCCGUUUGCCUGGUAUAAUAUUGACCGUUACAUCCCUAACAGGAGCACUGUCUUCAUAUUUGUUACCUGAAACUUUGAACGUACCGUUACCUGAAACAAUUGAAGAAGCUAAAUUAUUUGGACAAAAGAAUAAAACACGCGAGUCAGUAAAAUUAACAACAAUAACAUCU